AUGUCUCUUGAACAAUUGCUCUACAAAUUUCUUCCGUCCGACGAAUAUAACGAUGAUCUGGACACGUUACUGAUGUGGCUACAGCCACAGGGUCAUCAAAAUCGACCACCGUCAUUAAGGGUGAAACAAUGCAUUAGAAAAAUAUCCGAGGUACAUUCACCCGAAUUUCCAAAAGUAUUAAAUGAAUACUACAUGAAUAUUGUACGAUCUGAAUAUUUGAAAAUGAUAGAUAUGACUGGAACAGAUCCUCUGUUGAAAUUUAAUUCGAUUUUAUCAUUAGAAAAAAACCUUAGCUAUCCUUGCACAUACAUAAUGAUGUUUCAACAGGAAUUUGUACAAGUGUUAAAUGCUCUGCGACAUUAUAUUGUGGAUAAUUACCCAACCUUUCGUAAAUCACUAAUAUCUAAUAUUCGGCAACUUAGUUUGAAUGAUGAUUUCGAUUUAGUGGAGAGUUAUGUUGAUUGGAUUGAUGCAUCACAUGCAAUUUGUCUGUCAUCUAAGGAUGUUAUACUCGAUGUGAUUGUUGAGAAAAUAUAUAUCAUGUGUGAAAGAUACAUCAAGGGCAAAUGGACCAAUCGAUAUCUGGUGAUGGAGACGUUUAAUAAAUUUAUAGAGACAUAUUGGAGUCAUUUCACAAAAUUACUGGAUUGUUCUGAGAAUGAUCACAAUCUUACGACAACCGUUUUUAAUUGUUUUGAAAAUACGUUUAUAAGUAUAAGGACAGAUGAAAUUUAUGACAUAUUUAUUAACUCAUAUCCAUCUUCCAAACCAACUAUUUUAGAACUCAAGAAAACUCUGCGGAAUAAUAAUAACAAAAUGAAGAACCAUAACAAGAUAAUACAACAAUAUUUAAAGAAUUUCAAUAAAAAUAUAUUGAACCCAAGUGUCACUACGGUAGAUGCCUUGUUAGCAUAUAUUAGGAGUAUAGAAUGCUUCUCAAUAUUAGAUCCGUCAAACAGAUAUUUAAAAACGUUGAAAAAUUUCAUUAGGCCAAAUCUACAACAAAGGAAGGAUUUGAUCAACAUAUUGUUAUAUGCUAUAUUAAACCUCGAAGAGUCUGAAUUCAAAGAUUUAGGGAUAGUCUAUGUAAAGGAUAUUGAUAAAUUGACAAAGGAGUUAUCCAGUAAUCAUCAAAGAAAUAUUGAUAAUUUUGAUCGGACUGAUCAAAUAUACAAUGAACAAAAGAGGAAUUCUACUGAUUAUAUUCAAAGAACUGGCAUUAGUUUAGGAGAUACCCAAGAAAUCUAUGACGAUAUACAUUCCAACAUUAACGAUAAUGACAAAAAUAAUAAUGGUAAACUAAUAUAUGAAAAUAUAUUGAAACAAUUUUUAAUAUGGGUACCUGAACCUAAUAAUAUUGAAGGAAACUCAGCAAAUAAUGCUAAUAAUGAAAAUAAUGACAUUGAUGAUAAUACAGAUGGCAAUAUUUCGAUGCUCAGUACGAAUGAUGAUUCACAGAUGCUAAGUGCAUCAUCCAAAGACGGUUCAUCACAUUUACUAGACAUAUUGCUAGAAUUAUGUGAAAGUAGAGAGUUAUUUAUUUCGGAGUUUUUAAAAAUAGUCACUAAAAAAUUAUUGACUUUAAAAUCGUAUCGUUUGGAUUCUAAAUGGAUGAAAUGUUUACAAAUGAUUAGAGACAAGUAUGCAGUGAAUAGUUCAAACAUUAUUUCUGAAGAGGAAAUUGGAGCGUUCGGUACAAAUUCUAACGAUAACGGAAAUAAUAUUGAUAAUGGCAACAGGGGAAGAAACACUAAUGGAUACAUUGAUGAUUUUACAUCUAACUUGAAUAAGAUUGGUGUCAUGAUAUAUGAUAUGCAAAUGAGUCAACGCAUAUAUAAUAAGAUUCAACUUACAAAUACGAUACCUCAUAACGAAAACUAUAUGAUAUUUCCUAAAUUCAUCACUCCAUUAUACUGGGAGCCAGAAAAUGUUGCCAUCGAAGAUCAAAUAGAUAAUAGAUUAACUUCAAAUAAAUUUCCAUACAAUUCAGAAGUCCAGGAUGAAAUAUUAAAAUAUGCAUAUGAAUUUUCAAGAUUGGAACCUGACAAAGCUUUGCAUUUGUGUAGAGAUAAAGGCAUUAUGACAAUAGAGAUUGAUCUUGUGGGCAAAGGGAAAAUUCCUCUAACAGUCACAAUGCCUCAAUAUUCUGUAAUUAACAAAUUUGACGGAAACAACGGUGUUACAGGGUUAUCUCUCGAACAAUUGAUUGAGGAGACACGUAUAUCCAAGGAUGAACUCCUCACGAUAUUACGUUUCUGGGUCGAAAGGCAUGUCUUGCUGUACGAUAUACACACAGAGAAGUAUGUGACGAAUGAAACCUGA